AUGACUAAAAGAAUGUGGGAGGGGAGGAGAGAAGGCUUCAAAGUCAGCUCCACAAGGGAGGAGGCACAGGGGCCCGGGCGCCCCUCCACCAGAGGGCGCUUCUCCGAGUCGUGGAAGAGACUGAGCUCCAGACAAGGGUCUACCAAGAGGUCAGGACUGGCCUCACAGCAAGUAGCGGCACAGAAAUCAUGGAUAGAAAGAGCUUUCAGCAAGAGAGAAUGUGUGCACAUUAUUGUAAGCACCAAAGACCCCCAUAGGUGCUGUUGUGGCCGUCUAAUUGGUCAACAUAUUGGCCUGCCCCCCAGCAUCUCAUCCAAUCAGAAUGAGAAGUCAGAGCGGGUGCCAAAGAAUGACAGCUUGUCAGAGAAGUGGUCCAUCAGCAAGCACACCCAGCUCAGUCCCACUGACGCCUUUGGAACCAUUGAGUUCCAGGGAGGUGGACACUCCAACAAAGCAAUGUAUGUACGAGUGUCUUACGACACUAAGCCAGACUUACUGCUGCAUCUGAUGACAAAGGAGUGGCAGCUGGAGCUUCCCAAACUGCUCAUCUCUGUUCAUGGAGGACUUCAGAACUUCGAGCUGCAGCCCAAACUCAAGCAAGUCUUCGGCAAGGGUCUCAUCAAGGCGGCCAUGACUACUGGGGCCUGGAUCUUCACUGGAGGAGUUAAUACUGGAGUCAUAAGGCAUGUUGGUGAUGCUCUAAAAGACCACGCUUCCAAAUCGAGAGGGAAGAUCUGUACUAUCGGUAUUGCCCCCUGGGGGAUUGUGGAGAACCAGGAAGACCUAGUGGGCAAAGAUGUGGUCCGGCCGUACCAGACGAUGUCUAACCCUCUUAGUAAGCUAACGGUACUCAACAGCCUACACUCCCACUUCAUUUUGGCUGAUAAUGGCACCACCGGAAAGUACGGAGCAGAAGUCAAACUGCGCAGACAGCUAGAGAAGCACAUCUCUCUGCAGAAGAUCAACACACGGAUCGGACAGGGUGUUCCAGUGGUGGCUCUGAUAGUGGAGGGGGGUCCUAAUGUGAUCUCUAUCGUGCUUGAGUACCUGAGAGACACUCCUCCUGUGCCCGUGGUGGUGUGUGACGGCAGCGGUCGGGCCUCUGACAUCCUGGCCUUUGGGCAUAAGUACUCAGAGGAGGGCGGAAUCAUAAACGAAUCUUUGAGAGACCAGUUACUAGUCACCAUUCAGAAGACGUUUACAUGAUUUGCACAAAUAUGUACGUUAAUGCUCAUGAUGUGUGUUGAAUUUAAAAGCAUUAUAACAGUGUUUCGGAUGGGAUCAGAGGGACACCAGGACAUUGAUCUGGCCAUUCUAACAGCACUUCUGAAAGGGGCCAAUGCAUCAGCUCCAGAUCAACUGAGCCUGGCUUUGGCCUGGAACAGAGUUGACAUCGCUCGAAGCCAGAUCUUCAUUUAUGGACAGCAGUGGCCUGUGGGCUCUCUAGAGCAGUCUAUGCUGGACGCACUGGUGCUGGACAGAGUGGACUUUGUGAAGCUGUUGAUUGAGAAUGGAGUGAGCAUACACCGCUUCCUGACACUGUCCAGACUUGAAGAGCUCUAUAAUACGAGGCAUGGUCCAUCCAACACCUUAUACCACCUUGUCAGAGAUGUGAAAAAGCAAGAAUAUCCAGGGUUCAGUUGGAUCUACCUCAAGGGUAACCUGCCCCCUGACUACCGCAUCAGUCUGAUUGACAUCGGAUUGGUAAUUGAAUACCUCAUGGGCGGAGCCUAUCGCUGCAAUUACACCAGGAAGAGAUUUCGGACCCUCUAUCACAACCUUUUUGGACCCAAAAGACCAAAAGCCCUGAAGCUGCUUGGAAUGGAGGAUGACAUGCCCAUUAGGCGAGGACGUCAGAAGACCACAAGGAAGCGAGAGGAGGAAGUAGACAUUGACCUGGAUGACCCAGAAAUCAAUCACUUCCCUUUCCCUUUCCAUGAGCUGAUGGUUUGGGCAGUGCUGAUGAAGCGGCAGAAGAUGGCCCUGUUUUUCUGGCAGCAUGGCGAGGAGGCCAUGGCUAAAGCGCUGGUGGCCUGUAAGCUUUGUAAAGCAAUGGCCCACGAAGCGUCAGAGAACGACAUGGUAGAUGACAUUUCACAGGAGCUCAAUCAAAACUCAAGGGAGUUUGGUCAGCUGGCUGUUGAGCUGCUCGAUCAGUCGUAUAAGCAGGAUGAACAGAUGGCCAUGAAGCUGUUAACCUACGAGCUGAAGAACUGGAGUAAUGCCACCUGUCUGCAGCUGGCAGUGGCAGCCAAGCACAGGGACUUCAUCGCCCACACCUGUAGCCAGAUGCUUCUCACCGACAUGUGGAUGGGACGUCUGCGUAUGCGCAAGAACUCUGGCCUAAAGGUUAUCUUAGGCCUUCUUCUGCCCCCCUCCAUAUUGAGUCUUGAGUUUAAAAAUAAGGACGAGAUGUCGUAUAUGCCUCAGGAUCAGGACACCUACCUGCAGGAGAAGGAUGUGGAUGAACCUGAGAAACAAGCUAAGGAGAAAGAGGAGGAGGACAUGGAGUUCACAGUAAGAUCUUACUGUGAGACGCAGUACAACUCCGUGGCUAUGCUGGGAAACGUCAGUUCAGAAGCGUCGCGUAAGAAACAGGUGGAAGAGGUUCAGAACCGUCAUCGGCUGAUUCCAGUGGGUCGCAAAAUUUACGAGUUUUACAACGCCCCUAUCGUCAAGUUCUGGUUUCACACGUUGGCUUAUGUAGGAUACUUGAUGCUCUUCAACUAUAUUGUUCUGGUGAAGAUGGACCUGUGGCCCUCUCCUCAGGAGUGGAUUGUUAUUGCCUACAUUUUCACCAAUGGUAUCGAGAAGAUGAGAGAGAUCCUCAUGUCAGAGCCGGGAAAGCUCCUGCAGAAGGUGAAAGUGUGGCUGCAGGAGUACUGGAACAUCACUGACCUCAUGGCCAUCCUCAUCUUCUCCAUCGGGAUGGUGCUUCGCCUGCAAGACCCUCCCCUGAUGAGCUACGGGAGGGUCAUUUACUGUGUCAAUAUCAUCUAUUGGUACAUAAGACUGCUUGACAUCUUUGGAGUGAACAAAUACCUGGGUCCAUACGUCAUGAUGAUUGGCAAGAUGAUGAUUGACAUGAUGUAUUUUGUGAUCAUCAUGUUGGUGGUGCUGAUGAGUUUCGGAGUGGCGCGGCAGGCUAUCCUCAAUCCCAAUGAGGACCCGUCCUGGAUGCUGGCACGCAACAUCUUCUUCAUGCCAUACUGGAUGAUCUACGGAGAGGUGUUUGCUGACCAAAUCGACCCUCCAUGUGGCCAGAACAUCACCACAGAGGAAGGAGUCAUCGUGCCUCUCCCACCCUGCAAAACCGGUGCUUGGAUUGUUCCCGCCAUCAUGGCCUGCUACUUGCUGGUGGCCAACAUCCUUCUGGUUAAUUUGCUCAUUGCUGUCUUUAAUAACACAUUCUUUGAAGUGAAGUCCAUCUCCAACCAGGUGUGGAAGUUCCAGAGGUACCAGCUGAUCAUGACCUUCCAUGAACGUCCUGUCCUUCCUCCUCCUCUCAUCAUUUUCAGCCACAUAACUAUGGUCCUCAAACACCUUUGCUGUCGCUGGAGGAAACAUGAUGAGGAUGAGCGGGACUAUGGGCUGAAGCUCUUCAUUACGGAAGAUGAACUGAAGAAGGUACAUGACUUUGAAGAGCAGUGCAUGGAGGAGUAUUUCAGAGAGAAAGAUGACCGCUUCAAUUCCUCCAAUGAUGAGAGGAUACGUGUGACAUCUGAAAGGGUGGAGAACAUGGCGAUGCGUCUGGAGGAAGUGAACGAGAGGGAACAUUUCAUGAAAGCGUCCCUGCAGACUGUGGAUAUCCGGCUCGCCCAGAUGGAGGAGAUGAUCGGCCGCAUUGCUGUGGCACUGGAGCGAGUUGCUGGUAUGGAUCGAGGCGAAGUCAACAAAGCCCGGUCCAGGACAUCAUCUGACUGCACAGAUACAAAUUACAUCCUGCGCCAGAGCAGUUUCAACAGCCAAGAAGGCAAUUCCUACAGGCUACAAGAGUCUCUGGAGCAGGGUGGUGAGGAAUCCAUUUCCCCUACAUCUCCGACCGCUCUGGCCCCACGUGUCCGCAGUCACUCCUUCUACGCAAGCCACUUAGAAGUCUUCCUUAAAGACAGAUUGUUCAGCCUCCAUCGGGCCAACAGCUCACAGUCUGUGUCCUCAGGAGCAGGUCCCAAAGAGUCCAAGCCCACACCUUUGAAUACUUUAUCUGUGCAGCAGCAGCUUCGCCCUUCUUCCUGCAUAGACAUCUAUGUUUCUGCCUCAGAGGACGUCCCGCCCAAUGAGAGCUUCUUGGAGCCGGUCCGGACAGUUCCAUCUCUCGCUCGAGACUCAUCUCUCCAUUCUGAGAUCAUGGAGGUGGUGCUCUCAGGGGGGCGGGACUGCAGCAGAAGGGCAGGGGGCAGUGAAAGACAGUCGGAUGGUACGGUCCUGUUUGAGGACAGCGCCGCCGCUGACCUAUCGCUCUGCUCUGCCCACCUGCUGCCGGAUACCUUGCCCCCUUGGGACCUGGACCCCUCGCCGCCACCAUCGGCUGGCGUUCUCGAGCGGUCCAAGAGCAGCCGCUUCCUGUCUGCAGCAGGGCCUCUGUUUCUGGACGAGCCGCCAUUAGUUAAGUCGCACAGCCUGAUGUUCACGUCACGUGGUUACUAUGGCGGCAUGGGCGUGCAGGUGAAGGCAGCCGAAUAUACCAGCAUAACAGAUUGCAUCGACACCCGUUGCGUCUCUACCCCUUACCCUGUCCCAGAGAGGUCUGAUUCACCUGGAGGCUCUUUCACAUUCGAUAAGCCCCAGGACCUGGGCGUCUCACACCCUGAGAGAGAUGCUGAGCUCAGUCAUGCAGAAUCUGAUCCAGAGGAACCCGCAGAGGGGUCAGCAGACACAGGUAAGGGGGGUCAAAGCAGCAGUGGGGUAACAGGCGCAGACCUGGGCUUGGGCCUCGCGCUGGGCCCGUUUUGUUCGCCGAUUUCUAGACUAGAGCGAGCAAACAGCUGCUCCUCUUCGGAGGAGUCCCACUCCAACAUCUACUCCCGAAAGAGCUUCUCCAUUAGUGAGAGAAUGGACAAGGGUCGUGGAAGCUCAAGGAAUCCUUUCCAGAAGGCCAGAGCCGGGGCAAGGCUGGAGGGUAAGACAGACUCGCUGUCCAUGAGGAAACUGGCCAAACCCUCGGCGUUCCAAAGUUUUGACGGCAGACACAAUUACACGUGAUAAUGGCAUACCAGUAGUGAUGCCACUGUACAUCUAGUUCCUGUAGGAUGGCUCUACCUCAUUUAAAAUCCAAGGGCCAGUCCGUUAAUUAGUACUGUCUGAGUGAGUAAUUAGCUGUACACUGGAAUGUUUUAUCAUGGGUAUCAACUUUUCUGUUAUAACACUGCAAUGCAAAGUGUUCUUUAGAAUUCAUAGACUCAGAAGAUGACCACUGCCCUUAGGCUAACAUUAGUUCCCAGCUGAGGUGAAAACCUUGAGAUUAAGGGCCUGUUAACACUAAGAUGAAUGUUCAGUAUGAAAAAAAAUGUCAUUUAAGUGAACGGCUGUUAAUGCAGAAUUUUAUUUUAGGAGAGGUUUCCAAUAUCUUUUUCAUUGCACAGCAAAAACAACAAAAUAAAAAAAAAUGGCCAACCAAUAAGCUUUUUGGUCACAUGCCCACAGCCACUGCUGUUACAUAAACUACAACUUAAGGGGUGGUCACAAUACACUUUUCAUUC